CUCUCUAAUUUAUAAAUUUAAUUUCUAAAAGGGAAGAAAGAGCACGAAGAUGAGUAAAGUGACCUUUAAGAUUACUCUCACAUCAGAUCCAAAACUACCUUUUAAAGUUUUAAGUGUACCCGAGAACACUCCGUUUACUGCUGUAUUAAAAUUUGCUGCAGAAGAAUUUAAAGUUCCUCCUGCCACUAGCGCAAUCAUUACAAACGAUGGAAUAGGAAUCAAUCCAUCUCAAACAGCAGGUAGUGUAUUUUUAAAGUAUGGUGGGGAACUCCGCCUGAUUCCACGAGACAGAGUCGGUCAUCAAAAACAAUGAUCUUAUUUAUUAAUAAUAAUUAUUGUUGUUAUUUAUUAUUAUUAUCAGCUGUUUUAUACCAAUCAAUAAUUUAAUGCAAAAACAAUAUUCGUAAUAUUAAA